AUGGACACAAGUUCAUUAAACAAAGGUAAAAUAAUUUUUCAGCUUCUUCUAAUAAUUUUAAUUCAAUGGACAACUACUACUUGUCAAUUGAAUUUAUACCAUACUAAUGAAGCAAUUAAUAGCAAUUCGCUACAAUAUCAUUGUUUGAAUUAUCAUGUUCAUCGUGAAAAACCAGCUUAUUCUAAAUUAUUAGAUAUGGUUGAUGAAGUCAUUCCGUACUGUUUUCGCCCAGUAAACUAUUUCGAAGAAUCAUCCGAAACCUCUGUUCAUCCGCUUUCUCAAAAACUAAGUUUCGAAGAAUUACGUCUGGCUCAUACUACUUCAGAACAACUUCUCUCGUGGUCAAUUUCGAUUGAUGUAGCUCAGCGAUAUCAAUUCUAUCUAAUUGAACCGAAUGCUGCAUUUAAUGAGAAUCUCUACAAUUGUUCUGAACCGUGGUUUGGCCCUCGAUGCCAAUAUUCGUUUCCUUUCGGCGGCCGUAGAUCUUUCAACCAAAUUGUUGAAGAAGCUUUUCGUCAAAGGACAGCAUUUUCCGAGUCAUCUGAAGUGACAGUACAGAUGCCAUGCUAUGUUCUUCUAGAAUGCCAUCGUAAUGGGCAGAGUUGGUGUCUUGAUUGGCGUGAAGUGUGUAACGGAAUCGUUGAUUGUUUUGAUGAAGGUCUCGAUGAAGAAUAUUGUUUCGAUAUGGAAAUAAAUGAAUGUGAGAAAAAUGAAUAUCGAUGCCACAAUGGAUUAUGUAUAUUAAGCGAACUCUGGGAAGAGGGUGAAGGCGAUGCAGACUGCCUCGAUCGUUCCGAUGAAGUGUCGAAUGCCUUGUAUAUAAGAUCAUGUUUCCAAGAUCCAACAUUCCGUUGUGAAGAACAUUCUUGCAGAGCACAUGAGGGUACAUUUUCCUGUGGAGAUGGCCUAUGUGUCAACAAAUUUGAAGAAUGCAAUAAUGGACGACACAUGUUACUGAUAGAGUCGAUGACAGCCAAAGGUAAUCUAACAGACGAAUGUUGGAUUGCUAUGGUUUGUCUCAGUGGACUCGCCGACCAAAUUCAUGGAAGUUCAUGUAAAACAUGGCUGAUGAACGACACAAUUUACGAGUGCCUUAAACAAUGUGAUUCGUUUUUCCAGUUCCCAGCUAUACCAGUUCAUUCUGGUCAUAUUCGUUUUUUUUAUGAAGAGCCUUAUUCAAGACAGAAAAUUAAUGAGUUGCUUCUACCCGAUUAUCUUUGCUACAAUCAACAGCUAUGUGAUUUUAUUAAGCCGGAUUUAAUUCGUGAAAAUCUCACUUGUAUAAAUAUGU